AUGGCGCCAGUUAAAUGUACUGAAAACUGCGACACCAACUUCACAGAAGGAGAUGCCAUUACCGGUAAUCUCUUAGGAGGCAUCACACCCUUCUUCGCACUCCUUGGACAAGAUUUCACAUAUCGCUAUUUAUCCCAAUCGGUCAGCGUCUGCGAUUGGGUGGUAUUCUCAAUGGUCCCAACGGGGGUGCCGUUUGCCCUUAAGGCAAUCAUCAGAGUUUCCAAACCCAAUAAAUUUCUGAGAGGUCUUGCUGUCUACCCUCCAGAGGAACGCGAUGUGAUAGAAAAAGAGCUACUCUCAUCGACAUCCGAAGAAGUCUGUGAGAUCUGGAACGGCCACGGCGUCGAAAGGAAACUUCUACCAUCGUCCGAAUCAGCACCCGUGGAAGAGUGGAUAUACGAUGGAAACCUCCAGCCCACGUCUCGCGCACUGGUCAGAAAAGCAAGCAGGACUAUCAGGGCCGAACCACCCUGGUCUGGAAAACCCGAAACAGAAUUAUCGCCGAAUCUUUCACUGAACCUCGGGCCGUAUAACAGGGCCCGGAAGCUGCUUUUUCUCACAAUUAUUGGGAUACUCCUGCAAAGCAGUGUUGUAGUGGUAUCUGCCCUAACGGCUUUCUAUAAUCCAGUGAGGGUCAGGUACUUUAUCACAGCGACACGAGCUGUGCGUAUCAUAUCAUUCACUUUUGUGUCCGCAGGGACCACGCUCCUGUGUCUUGGACUUGCCUACACAGCCAAAGUCAUCGAUACAUCGGAGCAUGUCACAAUCUGGAACCCUCGCAAGCAAAACACACUCGCUAUCUGGAUCCAGCAAAAGAACACAGCCCUGAAAACAGAAGCAUAUGUUAUUGGGAAGAUCAUAAAGAAAGAGCUUGUCUGGGCACAUCGGCCUCUCAGCUCUUGUCCAUCAACCGCCAUUGCAUGUCCGGUAGCAGUCGCUAUUAUUGUCGGGUUCCUCCUGCAAAGUAUCGGCCUGUCCAUCAUGCACUGGCCGGUGCAGGUUCUGCAGCUAGUUGCGAUGACGGUGAUGUUCCUAGGUCGAUGUUAUGCUCGCAAACUAGACUCACCAGACUUUGUUGUGAAACUCGACCACAGAAUCUCGGAGGAAGACUUGAGUGAGCUGGCCAGAAGCAAAAGAAGGCAAUUGCUGAAUCAUUAA